UAUCAAUGUAAUAUUUCACUGAAAUACUGUAAAUAUCCAGUUAUGGAAGUAGCAUUUUAACUGUUAUACAUACUACGAAUCAAAUACUCAAACGGUCAACUUCUAAUUUAGGAAACUAAAUAACCAUUUGAUUCAGAUAGUUUCCUUAAGUUUCAUAUUACCGUUUUAUUUAAAAUAUCUUUAUCGUUUUUGUUCUUGGCACUGAUAUUAAAACUUCAUAUAAAAAUUCAGUACUUCCUCUGUUUCCUUCAUUCACACAGAGAAAAAAAGAGCGUGAAGAGGAGACGAAACUUUGACAAAAGAGAUGAUGGAGUUGGAUAAUCAGCAGCAACCCAACCCAAUGAAGGUGAUGACCGACGAGCAGCUUGAAACUCUGAGGAAACAGAUUGCUAUCUACGCCACCAUUUGUGAACGUCUCGUUGAGAUGCACAAAACCCUCACUUCUCAACAAGAUCUUGCAGCAGGGAGAAUGGUAAGUCUAUAUGCAGACCCAAGUAUUGGUCACAAGAUGACAGCUAGGCAGAGGUGGACUCCGACGCCAAUGCAGCUUCAGAUUCUGGAGCGUUUAUUCGAUCAAGACACAGGAACACCGAGCAAGCAAAAGAUCAAAGACCUAACCGAAGAGCUUAGCCAACACGGUCAGAUUGCUGAACAAAACAUCUGCAAUUGGUUCCAGAACCGGCGUGCUCGUUCCAAGAGGAAGCAGCAUUGUGGUGUUGGUUCUUCUAACAACAAAAAUGGUGAGGGUGAGGUAGAGACUGAAACUGAGACAUUGAAUGAGAAGAGAAAGAGACCAGAGAGUCUUUUUGUUGUUCUUCCUGAUGGAAAUAACAACAAUGUCAUUGGGACAACAACUACCACUAGUCCUAGGCUUGAAGAUCUUUGCUUCCAGAGCCCUGAGAUGAGCUCAGAUCUUCACUUGCUAGGAGUCCAAUCAAACCCAAGGGAUGAGCAUCUUGUUGAAAGCUACAACCUUUAUGAUCAUGUUGAAGAUUAUGACAUGGCAGGCUGA